UGUGGAGCUUUCUGCCUUUUCUCACAUAGACCUGCAUGUGCUACAGCAGCCUCCGUUGUCAGCAUGCCACGUUAUUUCUGACUAAACAAGUUGAAGAAUCUUGGCUCACCGUCAGCGAAACUUUCUGGGUCGCACCUUUACUUCUUAUUAGAAGGAGAAUCUUUGUUGUUGUUUUUUUGCUUUCUGUGAAAUGAGGUGAUAAUGGGACCAUCAGGUUACUAGCAUGGACCACCAGCUCUGCUUAUCGAAACAGAUGACUAUUCAGUGAAUGAGAGAGUCCUCACUUCAAACAGCUGGAUGGCGCGGUGCUUCUGUCGCUGGCGUCGAGUGUUAAUCUGCAUAUGCACGCCAUGCAUUUCCCUGGCCCUGCUGUUUGUCUACGUCACUGUCAUGUUGUGUAUGGCCAUGAACAACACAUCAGUGCCGGGGAUCCCAGUCCAGGACCAGCAAGGCGCUCACUUUGUGGCCUCAGGAUCUUUUAGGAAUAAGAGCUUCGCCCCACUCCCUAAAACUUUCUGGAAUCUGCACCAGCAGGACGCCUACUGGAACCGCCUCCAGCUGACCAUCGACCGCCAUUUCAACCCCAUCCUGCAGGCCAACAACUCCAUGCUGAGAUUCAAAAAUAGCACCUUUUAUGAGUCCCUAGUGAACCGAGGUUUCCCUGAAGUUACCAACUUGAGCAGCAUGAAGAGAAACAUUGAGCAGCUACCACAGCUGUUAAAAGACUUUGCGAGCAGCAUGCACAGGAGGGACUACCCAAUCCUCAUCCAGCCAGAUGGAGUUUGUGGAGUAGGGGCGAAGGAUGAAACGGAGCCCCCUCUGCUUCUACUGGCCAUCAAGUCAACAGAGAUGAAUUUUAAGAACCGGCAGGUCAUUCGACAGACGUGGGGCCAGGCAGGAUGGGUAGCAGGACAGAAGAUCAACAGCAGUGAAGUAGGAGGAAAACAAGGAGGAUUCGUCCGCAGGGUGUUUCUGCUCGCCACAGAAAAUACUGAGGAGCUAGGUGUGGACUUGAAUUACCUACUGGAGAUAGAGAACAAACGGUAUGGAGACAUCCUGAAGUGGGACUUCAAGGACACAUUCUUCAACCUCACCUUGAAAGAUGUGCUCUUCUGGAAAUGGUUCUCACACUCGUGCAGCCGGGUUCGCUUCGUCUUUAAGGGGGACGAUGACGUCUUCGUCCACACGCCGAAAAUAAUAACCUACCUCCAGGACCAGUUAAAGACACCACAAGCAUACAAGACCAUGAAAAACUUCAUGGUUGGAAAUGUCAUAGAGGCAGCCAUACCAAUCCGAGUCAACACGUCCAAGUACUUUAUCUCAGACAGCUUCUACAAGGGCCUCUAUCCCUCGUACCCAGGUGGUGGAGGGGUGGUGUACUCGGGCCUGUUGGCCAAACGCCUGUACACCAUGUCUAAAAGGGUUAACCUGUACCCCAUCGACGAUGUUUAUGUGGGGAUGUGUAUGAUUCGGCUUAACGCUCACCCCAUCCAUCACCCUGCCUUCCUCACGUUUGACUUUCCUGAUAAGGAAGAGGAGGGGCGCUGUUCGUACCACACAGUCCUACUGGUCCACAAACGAAGCCCAGAGCAGUUAGUUCAACUGUGGGCUCACUUGAGAGAGACACAGGAACAGUGUAAGGAUGUGCCCCUGAGAAAGGACAAGGAACCAAAACUGUGAGACCACCCCAAGUUUCUAUUGAACAUUUUUACUACUGUAGUCUGAUCGCAAACAUUUUGGUGAGCUGCUGUCAGCCAUGAUGAAGUGACACUGUAUUAACUAUAUACACAUAUUAUAUUUAAUUAUACUAAUGUCAAAACCUGCGGGUCCAUCAACACGCCUACUGCCUGAACAAUGUUUAAUCAUACUUUUUAAAACAGUGUUUUUUUUUUACAAAUUUUUAUAUAUUUACUACAAAUUUAACAUUUUUAAAAGAUUAUAACAAGUUUUUUGUACUUUAUUUUAUUAUUUCUGGCAGCCAUUGACUGUCAUUUAUUAUAUAAAAAUAAACCGUAAUGAGCUGAUACUGUAAAUCAAUACUGUGACCAUGUCUAUUUGCACAUUUUGUCAGUUCUCUAUCACUGCUUUUUCCAAUUUCAAAUCAGUCUACAGGUAUGACUGCAUUCCUAAAAAAUAAUAACACAGCUGUGACCAUGUUUGCUUUAAGUCUGCAAACUGAAAUGGAAGUAAAUGGGGGGAUAAUAAUGUAAAAGAAAAACAAUCAAAAACACAACAUGUAACAGAAAACUGUCAGCAGUAAUGUAAAGUGUGCAUGAUUUAUUACAUUAAUUAUACUUGUAACAGUGCAUGGCAGUAGUUUAGUGAAAUGGUAGCGCUAGUUUAGCAUUUAGCUAAAAUGCUAGGCUACUGUAACGAUAGCACAAGAGGAGCAGGUACAUAAAGCUUGUGAACAGACCCAUUAAUGUGAAUUACACAACAACGUUUUGCUAAAGAUUACUAACGUUAGCCAAUUAGCCACCAUAAGCUAACGUUAGUGAUCAUAACACAGUAAGGAUGUAGCAGCAAAGUAGUGUUUUAAUGCUUGUGUUUCACUUGUAAGAGGAACAACGUGUUAUUUCUCCCCUCUGAAAGUACAGCCUUGGUUUACGGGCUGGAACACUGUACGCUUUGAGCUCUAAUUAUCUGUCAAUGUACAUACUGUAAGGAAUUUGCUCAAAGCAACUAUGCUAACGUAGCUAUUGUUAAAAUGAGUUUGGGGUUACAGUGGUCGAGCCAGUUUUUCAGAGCUGAAACUGGAAAGCCCUCGGUACGUUUACAUCAUCUGCCAUGAAUGAGCUGCUGGUGUCGGCCCCACUCCCGUUAGGCCUGCUAUAAGGAACUGACUCAUGAAGAAUGUGUGAAAUACAUUUGUGUUUAUUCCUGUUUUUCUGGUUCGUUCACAUCCCAAUAAACUUAACAUAUAACCAGUGGACUUAUUUACAUUCUGCCUUCCUCAGGCAACUGUUACAGACGAAGGAUGUAGCCUACUGGUAUGAAAGCAAAUGUAGAAAAAAACCAUUCCAAAUGUGAUAAUGCAAGCGCCUGGAGGGAGAGCCCUGGGAUGAGAGCAAAUAUAAAAGAUGAAAGAAUGCUGCGGUGACAUCAAACUAAAGUCAUAGACAAAAGGUGGAGUUAGUGGCUUUCUACAUCUGUGAUGGGAGUGUCUCCCAAUGAGCGAGGGGCUGACAAUUGCCCUCCUAGGAACAGACUGAGCUGUGGACGCUCACCCUGUCCUGUAAGACAUUAAUGUUUAAACUACAGUCAGUCCACUAACUCCAUCAGACAGCUAAUUGUUAAUAUCAACUUUUUUGGAUGUUUACCCAUUUUAUGUUUAUCUUUCCUGUUCUGAGUGUCUUUAUUACAGUGUUAUGGUUUAAAGGUCCACUGUGUAAUAUUUAGAGGGAUAAAGCACUGAGGUUGCAGAACUGAAACUUCUCCCGUGUGCCAAGCAUGUUGGAGAACUAUGGUGGCCGAUAUGAAAACGUGAAUGACACUGUCUAAAGCCAGUGUUUGGUUUGUCUGUUUGUGGCAGACUCUGUGGAAAAGGACUUGCUCUGUAUGAAGAUAGAAACAAUGAAAGCACAACUCUUAUUUUCAGAUGAUUACACACUAAUGAAAACAUCGCUGUGAUUAUUAUAUACCAUUUCUGCAUAUAAAUGCCCCUAAACCUACACACUGGACCUUUAAAAGACACAUUAUUAAAAUACAACCAAAAGCAAAAUAGUUAUACUGAAAGUAUAAUAAGGAUGUACAUAAAGAUAAUAAGGAUGUAACACAUUGAAAAAGCAAAACAUCCACUGGGUAUGGGGAAGACAAACUGUGCAUUCCAAUACUUGUAAUACCAUACUACAUAAUAUGCCAGAAAAAGAUAUUGUAUGUCAAAUGCAGUAUGCCAAAAAUACCAGGAUGUUCUACUACAUCCUGUCUGACUUUGCAACAUGCAAGGCAGCAUGGUUUUCUGGCUAUUCUGACCCACAAUCAGAAUAGCGUACAAUACGUCACAUCGAUGGAGCUGCAAACAGAUGACACCUCAUUGACAGCUGUAAGAAGCCGCAAUGAUGGAUGACAGCGUAUUCAAGUGACAGAUAACCAGUUGAAUAGUAAUAAUAGGAAUAUUAAUUAAGUGAACAAAAUAAUCAUAAUGUUACAACAAAUGGAUAUAACUAUAAAAAUAACAAUGACAGAGAACUGCAGAUGUAAUUUCACUGUCGCAAAUAUUUUAGAAUCUUCAAUCUGUGUAGUUAAACUUUAAAGUUAAACCACACACAUUGCAAAAUAACAACAGCAGAGCUCUCUGGGUUGAUUUUGUCCUUGGCGAACCCGGUAAGUGGCGUUUAAUUUAUCUCCAAGGUAACAGAUAUAAAAGCAAGAGGGUCAAAGUUCAGGGUGCUGUUAUGAGAAAGUUUAUGCUCUGAUUGCGUGUGCAUACUUUUUAAGGGCAGCAACAGUAUGUGAUUCUGAACACACCCAAAAUCUCUCUAAACUGUGCCAAAGCUGCCAAAUUUAUUAAUAUGUACUCACAAGACAAUGUUCUUUUUAGUAAGGAUGCAAAUACAUUAUUUACUAAUGAUUAUGAUAAAACCAAUGUAGUAUGUUUUUGUGUUUAAUAACCAUUAUGUAUGCACAAUGACCAAUUUCAUUUCAUUAUUACAAAUGUAUUAACACAGGAAUGAGCUAUAUAUGGCUGCCAUGUCCUGGGGGGUGGGGGUGGGGACACCGUAUUGCCCUAUAAGUAAACAGCCCAACACCGUUGGCUGAUCUGGUCAAGAAUAAAUAGCUUUCAAACGUGUCAAAAUAUUCACACUUUAAGAAUUAGGUUGCAUCCAUGCUUGUUAGUCUGUUGCACAACAUAAUGUUUGAACAGAACUGGUCUGUGAGUAUUUCACAUUGCAGUUAGUUCACAGCAUUAUGGGCUUCCACGCAAAUAGCUGAGCGUACGCAGUUAGCACCACUUUGUUUAUGCAGCAUGUUGUCUCAUUA